CGACUUCCGGCGUAGCCAUGGCGGCUAACGCUACCACUAACCCGUCGCAGCUGCUCCCUUUAGAGCUUGUGGACAAGUGUAUAGGAUCAAGAAUUCACAUUGUGAUGAAGAGUGAUAAAGAGAUUGUUGGCACACUUCUGGGAUUUGAUGACUUUGUCAUUUCAGAUAUGGUGCUGGAAGAUGUCACUGAGUUUGAAAUCACACCAGAAGGAAGAAGAAUUACUAAAUUAGAUCAAAUUUUGCUAAAUGGAAAUAAUAUAACAAUGCUGGUUCCUGGAGGAGAAGGACCUGAAGUAUGAAUGGAUUUCCUUGACUUAUGCUAAAUUGCAUUCUGUCUUAUAAUGACAACAAAAUGGAAUUUUUUUUUAACCUUUUUGUAUCCUGUGAAGCCGAGUUUCCCGUUAAAGGGAAAUGGUUUGAAGACGCAUUGUAAAUGCCCAUUUUUGUAAGUUAAUAAUGAUUAUAUUGGAAAAAGAACAGUUUGUUCUUUGAAGACAAAAAUAAAGGUGUUUUUG